AUGGGUUAUACUUCAGCACGUAAUAAUGAAGGACUAUUUCUUUCAAAAAGUAACUCUGAAGAUGAAGUUUGCUUGAAACGGAGAAAAAUUGAAGAGAAUGAGAGCUUCUACGAUUCUGAGAAUGAUUUUAGUGAUUGGGAAGAUGUUCCAUUAAAUAAUCCAGAGGUUUUGGAUUCCUUUAAUAUAACAAUAGGUGACCCUAAGGUAAACGAGGAAGAAAAGGACAACAGAAAUAGACUAAGGCUUGCUAUAGAGAACAAAAAAAGAAGGAAAACUAUUCAUUAUCUUGGAAUGAUAUCAUAUAUGAUGCAUGGGUUUCAACGGAAUAAAUGGCUCAAUUCAAAAGAUCUCUUAAAGAAACUAAAGAAAAUGUUACCAGAGUCUCUUAUUAACACGAAGUUCAAGAAGUAUAAGAGAGCAAUAAAAAAGUUUAAAUCAGCACCAACAGAUGCAUCAUUGAAAGAUGAGGUUUAUGCUAAUUUUAUGUAUAUUGUUAAGUACUUGAUUAAGUGGUUUAGACUCAAUUAUAAAUGUGAUUCAAAUGGUUUAAGAGUCCUAGGGUAUCUACCUCGAAAGUCGUCUGCUUUUGACAAUAUGAAGGACUAUUUUCCUGAUUCGUCUGAGCCCAUAAUAGACUUGAAAGACUUAAUUUCAAAGGCUAAAAAAUUCAAACAUAAUAGGGAUACUGGUGCUCAAAUAUUCACUGCUUUAUUGAGAUCACUAGGUUUUCAAAGUCGCCUUGUUUUCUCAUUGCCUCUAUUAUCCACCAAUAGGCCAACAAAAACUCAACCAAAGCUAGAUCAUGAUAAGUUACAGAGAAAUAAGGAUUUUGAUUUAUUAUAUCCUUAUUUUUGGACGGAAGUGGUUAAUCCCGCUGAUGAAAGUGAAAUAUUUGUCAUAGAAAAUAUAUGCUUUUUUGAAGAAGCCAAAAGAUUUGUAUGUUUAAAGAGAUUUGCUAGAUCCACUAUUUCGAAAGAAAAUUUAUCUAAUUACUACACAGAUAUUUACUUUCCUUUACAAAACCAGUUCAACCAAAUGCCCAUGCAUUAUGUUGUUGCUAUGGAUAAUGACAACCUGAUAAUGGAUGUGAGUCCUCGAUAUAUGUCAGAUAUAAGCUAUAGAUGGUUCAAAAAGUUAGACCUUAGGACUGAUCUGGGAAGAGAAGCGAUGUUAUUUCAAUCUAUGUUAAGGUAUUUGAAUACUGGAAACGCGUGCCAUAUUACUAACAAUAUGGAGCUAGAUACUUUAAGACAGACUGCUCUAUUGAACUAUAAUAUACCUUCCAACUUCUCUUCAAUGAAGAGGAAUCCUAACCUAGUUACGAGAUCGACUCUUAGAUAUAAUGAGUUUAUUGAGCCUAAUACAAAUCCUAUUUGUACUGUCAUGAUAGAUAAGAAGUUUCUGAAGGAGCCAGUAUUUUUUAAAAAUUCCAUUUUGGUAGGUAAAUCAGAACAACAGUGGAAGUUCUUGGGGAGAUCCAUAAGGGAUGACCAAAUAGAUUGCCCAAUAAAGACUACAAGGGCUUUACAACGACAUACUUUACUUAAUAAAAGGAUUUGUAAUAUCAAUAUUUUGAAUGAUACUCCCGAAUUAAACGAUACAAAACUUUACACUUUUAGCCAAACCUGUCCUUAUAUCAAGUUAAGCGUGACCAUGCUGCCCUCAGGUUUCUUGCAAGUACCCAGAAAUGAGUACGGGAACAUAGAAAUUUACAAGCCUUUUAUGGUUCCAGAUAAAUGUGUCUGGCUUACUUUAUCUGACAUCGAAAAUAUUUUAUUGGACUAUAAGUUCGGUAAAUUGACAUUUCCUUUCACCGACAAAGUUGACUAUGUUUCCGUUGUCACUGGAUUUAAUUUUGCAUCAAAAAUAGGACAAGCAAUACCAGUUAAACAAGGUGUGUUGGUAUUAGAACUGCAGGCAGUUUUGGCAAAGAAAAUUUGGCUCUACGGUAAAAUAAAACGCUACGAAAUUAAAUACAGAGAAAAUAAACUACGUGCAUUAAGUAACUGGAAAGAAGUAUUGAAAAGAUUAAGAAUAAAAUCAAUGGUAGAAGAGACAUAUGGUGAUAUGGAAUAG